GUGAGUGCACAGAGAACAACCCGCGAGCUCCACGUGGACGUCCAGCGGACCUGGCGCGGAGAACAUCAGCCGACCAGGAGAAUGGUAUAGUAAGAAAUAGAUGCGUAUUGACAGGUACUGUAAAGCAAUAUAAUAGAAGGCGUGCACUGUCAGGUCAUACCUGAGUACAUUUUACAAUUUAGCUUCACUCUGUAUUUGAGGAAAAAGUUGAGAGAAAGACGAGAGAGCUAUAGUACACAGUGCCUUGCGUAGUUUACUUCUGAAAAAAAAGCUAUGCUACAGAGAAAGUGAGUUGCAUUUUUACAUUAAAAAGUACUUGUUUGAUCAAACAAAUGUGCUAAAGUGAUGGCUGCGCUUAGGCGUAAAUUUGGAGAAGAUUAUCAAGUGGUGAACACGAACAGAGGCGCAACUUUCCCCAGCGCGCCGGUGAAGAAGAAGCGCCAACGCUUUGUGGAGAAGAACGGCCGCUGUAACGUGCAGCACGGGAACCUCAUCGGAGAGACCAGUCGUUAUUUAUCGGACCUGUUCACUACGCUGGUGGACUUGAAGUGGCGCUGGAACCUUCUAAUUUUCAUUCUCACAUACACCAUCGCCUGGCUGGUCAUGGCCUCAAUGUGGUGGAUCAUUGCAUAUAUAAGAGGGGACCUAAAUCAUGGCCACGACGCUUCCUACACUCCGUGCGUCGCCAAUGUUUACAACUUCCCGUCAGCGUUCCUCUUUUUUAUUGAAACCGAGGCGACCAUUGGGUACGGUUACCGCUAUAUAACCGAGAAGUGCCCUGAGGGCAUCAUUCUGUUUCUAUUCCAAUCUUUGCUGGGUUCAAUAGUGGACGCGUUCCUCAUCGGCUGUAUGUUCAUUAAGAUGUCUCAGCCCAAGAAACGCGCAGAGACGCUUAUGUUCAGUCAGGACGCGGUGAUCUCACAGCGAGACGGAAAACUCUGCUUAAUGUUCCGCGUGGGCAAUCUGAGGAACAGCCAUAUGGUGUCCGCGCAAAUCAGGUGUAAACUCAUAAAGUCUCGUCAGACCCCAGAGGGCGAGUUCCUGCCACUGGAUCAGUGUGAACUGGACGUGGGGUUUGGGACAGGUGCUGACCAGCUCUUCCUGGUCUCUCCCCUCACCAUCUGCCAUGAGAUCAAUCCCAAGAGCCCUUUCUUCGACCUGUCCCAGCACUCACUCAUGAAUGAGCAGUUUGAGAUCGUCGUCAUCUUGGAGGGCAUCGUGGAGACAACGGGCAUGACAUGUCAGGCUCGUACCUCAUAUACAGAAGAUGAGGUGUUGUGGGGUCACCGUUUCCUGCCUGUCAUGUCUCUGGAGGAGGGCUUCUUCAGGGUGGACUACUCCCAGUUCCACAGCACCUUCGAGGUGCCUACGCCACCCUACAGCGUCAAAGAAUACGAAGAAAAAUCUUCACUACCCUCUCCAAUGAUGACUCCGAACCGCGAGCAUGUGUUCUCCAUGGACUGCCUGGAAGCAGGUGAGGAAGGGGCGGGUCCAGGAAGCGGUAGCGCUUCUUGCAAACUACCCAGUAAACUCCAGAAAAUGAGUUCAUCCGGCAAAGAUCUGCAGAGGAGGGUGUUGCGUCUCAGCUCUCAGCAAUCGGAAAAAGCUUCGAGCACAGGAGACCUUCCUCUUAAACUUCAGCGCCUCAGCUCCAGUCCAGGGCAGGGUGACGUAGAGGCACGAUUCCACCUCAAAGCCCUCAAGGUGGGGUUUCAGCCUUUGGCCAUGUCCACCGGAGACCUUCACCAGAGGAGUCUGCCUCCAACUCCAGCGGUAACGCACUCUUACGCUCUUCCACAUACGCCUAUGACCUCCAUUGGCGGACGACCGGAGGAUAACCUGCCUGCCAAAUUACGGAGGAUGAAUGCUGAUCGCUAACCUAGAAGUGCAUUUGGAACUUUCUGCUAAUCUGAGACCAGUUUCAGUGUUUAUUGACAAUGGCCAAAAGGAGCACGGACGGCUAUUCCCAGAUUAGGACAGAAAGCUCAUAUUUUGUUUGAAGUUGAAUGAGGACUUUUGUGGGGAAAGGUGGAAUGUCAAGAAUGAACUUUGCUUACUGCACAAUGAAUGAAAAUUUAGGAGUUAGAAAACUAUUAGAAAGGAUGAGAGAUGGAAUUUAGUUAGUUGUUUUGUCAUUGUCUCUUUGUUUUUGUCAGAAAGCACAAACUCCAACUGGAAGUACAGUGAUUUUAAUUCUUUAGCAGUUUACUGGUGACUAUAUGAUCACGCAGUGCAGUGUGUCUCGUGCACACGUACAUUUAGAAAUGUCAAAAAUUCUAUAAUAUCUGCAUGCCUACUUCUCAUCAUUACUUGCGUAUCACACAACCCUCUGUUAUCACUAGUUACAAUAAAUAAACUAUUUAUUA